AUGACCGCCAUUUUAUACACACAUAACGAAUUUAUCAGAGGCAUUGUCGCCGAAUGUUUGAUCAAUUACUUUAAAUUAGAUAUCAAAGUUGUUGAAAUUACCCAAGAUGUUGAUAAUUUCCUAAAGAAUUUCCCAUUGAAGGCUAUUCCUGGUUUAAUUACAUCUGAUGGUUCUAAAUAUCAUGAACAAAUAGCAGUCAACAAUUAUAUCAUCCACAUGAGUGGAAACAAACAAGAAAUCGCCAAGUUAUUAGGUACUUCUGACAACUACAAAGAACAAAGCUCCAUCCUUCAAAUUUGUUCCUUUGCUACAUCUGAUUUCUUGAAUACUUUGGGAUUGGUCGGUCUUGCAGAUAUAAAGGGUGUCCCUAUUUCUGCUGAAACAGCAAACAACGCUAGUAAAACUCUAGAUGUGAUGUACAGAUUGUUUGAAGAGAAACUAGCCAAACAUAAGUUUUUGGUCAAUGAUUCAAUUACCGUAGCAGAUCUUGUUGCUGCAGCUUGUUUCUCUUUUGGAUUUUUGACUUUUCAUGAUGCUCAAUGGAGAAAGGCCCAUCCUUUAUUAACCGAAUGGUUCACCAAUGUCCUGGGCUCCAAAUAUAUGAAGGACCAUUUCAAAGAUUUUAAAUUGGUCGAUAGUGCAAUUAAAAUUUCUGCAACCCCAUUACCAUGGGACCCUAAACCAUAA